AUGACGUCCGCCGCCGCCGCCGCCGCCGCCGAGCAGCGCUUCCUGCAGUGGCUGCGCGACAACGGCGCGACGUUCCCGAAGCUGCAGUGGCCGGUCACGUCGCCCAACGGCCUGCGCGGCACCGUGGCCGCCGCCGCCGUCGCCUCGGGUGAGCCCAUGCUCUGCAUCCCGCGGCGGCUGCUCAUCUCGGAGGACUUGUGCUGGCGGGACCCGCAGCUCGGGCGCGUGUUCCAGGACAACCGCGACGUAUUCACGCGCGACGACCCCGUGCUGGCGCUUUUCCUCGUGCGCGAGCUGCUGCUCGCAGACCGCUCCUUCUUCCACCCGUACCUCGCCGUCCUGCCGUACCCCGAGAGCGUGCAGGAUUGGACCCAGGCCGAGCUCGGGGAGCUGCACGACGAGCGACUCGUGGACGCGGCGGCGAGACGCACGUCAGAGAUCGACGUGUACUACCGCCGUGUGAUGGUCCGACUGCAGACCAAGUACCCGGGCGAGUUUCCCGAGGCGCUCUACACCUUCGACAGGUUCAAGUUCGCGUGGAAGACAAUCCAGGCGCGCACGUUCGGGCGGAGGCUGCCCUGGACGGCGCUUGUGCCCUUCGCCGACUGCCUCAACCACACCAACGUCGCCACCAAGUACGACUUCGACGUGAACGACAACGGCCUCUUUCGCCUCUAUCCGUCGGGCGCCACAAGCUUCGCCCAAGGCGCCGAGGUCUUCAACUCGUACGGACGCCGCUCCAACUUCCAGCUGCUGCUUGACUACGGGUUCGCGCUCCCCGACAACGAAUGGGACUAUGUGGAUGUGGAGAUCGGGAAGGACCGGGCGGGGCCUCGGGGGAGGAAGCUGCGGUUCAUGAAGAGAGUGGUCCGAAUCGACCGUCAGAGCUCAUUGGACGAGCUGUUCCCUCCCAGCUUCCUCGCUGGCCUCGCGGACCCGGUACCAGAUGAAGAGCAAAGCGAAGCUGCCGCUGAGCUGUCCGAGCGAACUGCGUUGUGCGAUGCAUUGGAGUGGCUGCGCAGUAUUUUGAUAGAAACGAUAGCCGACUGGGGGACUGCAGAAAACGACGAGCGGAUACUGCAACACGCUGCAUCUUCAGACCGUCUGCGUGCUGCUGUUGUCUUCAGAACCGGCAGGAGACAAAUCGUGCAAAAGGUUAUAACGCAGAUUGAUGACAAGCUAGUGUCCGCGAGAAGACAACUAGACGGCAUCACUGAGCUCAUCGACGGAGUUACAGACAAGCUGGAAGCUCUUGCGGUCAGAAGCAGUGAUUGA